CAUAAACCAGACAAUAUAAUAAUAAUAACAAUAAUAAAAGAAAAAGAAAUACGCAGAAAUAUUCCAGACACUUUCCGAGUUUCUCUCUAAGCUAUUUGGAAAAGUAAUCGAUGUUUUGACUCCAAUUAAGAUCGAAGGAAUCAUCAUCGAACUCCUCGUUUUUGUUUCUCGAGAAAACAGAGAUUCAGGUAGGAUUUCUAGGGUUUAGGGAGGAGCAAAAAAUGAAGGCGAUGGAGAGGAUUCAGGAUCUGAUAGAGGAGGCUAAGGUUCGGACGGUUUGUUGGGCGCUCUGUAUUUUUUCUGUCACUUACUUCUUAUCUCAUACUAGUUCUUCAAUGUGGAUGAAUCUACCUAUAUCGAUUCUUUUGGUUUCUGCAUUACGAAUAUUGUCAAAUGAGAUGGAGUUCAGCUGGAAGGCUUGCCGGUUGACCCGUCCACAAUCUUACUUGUCUCAUCUGGAGAAGAAACAAUUGUCUGCAAAUGAUUCUCGACUUUCUUCUGCACAUCUCCCCCAAAGGUGGAAAAGAAAAAUUGGUUCUCCAACUGUGGAGGCUGCAAUAAAAGAUCUUAUUGAUAAAAUUUUGAAGGAUUUUGUAGUAGAUUUGUGGUAUUCAGAAAUUACGCCAGAUAAGGAGGCACCUGAGUUAAUGCGUGCGGUGAUCAUGGAUGCUAUUGGUGAAAUAUCAGGAAGGAUUAAGGAAAUAAACCUUGUUGACCUGCUAACAAGGGAUAUAAUUGAUAUAAUAGGGGAUCACUUGGACCUUUUUCGACGAAAUCAAGCAGCAAUAGGUGUUGAUGUGAUGGGAACACUUUCUACUGAUGAGAGAGAUGAAAGAUUGAAGCACCAUCUAAUGGCUUCUAAGGAGCUUCAUCCUGCACUGAUAUCACCUGAGAGUGAGUACAAGGUUAUGCAGCGCCUAGUUGGUGGAAUUUUAGCUGUAGUGCUAAGACCUCGAGAGUCUCAAUGCCCUCUGGUUCGAACUAUUGCUCGAGAGCUUGUGACUUGCUUGAUCUUGCAGCCUGUCAUGGGUCUUGCAAGCCCUGUGUAUAUCAAUGAGAUCAUUGAACAUAUUUUGCUUGCUAUUAAAGAUGGUGGCCUAAUGGAGGUAAGUUGUGAUCAGUCUACUGGGGAUGUGCAUAACAGUGAUUCAUCGUUGGAAAAAUAUUCAUCCAUCGGUAGUCAGAAGACUGAUAUUGUUGCUAAGGAAAAGAACUUACAAGGGAUGGACAUGACUUUGGCUAAAAUUGAUGAGAAUAAAGAAAAAUUGUUGGACUUUGACUCAAACCAGCAAGAGCUUUUGCAGCCACGUCAUGCAGAGUGGGCAAGGAUGCUAGAGGCUGCAAACCAGAGAAGAACUGAAGUUCUUACACCUGAAAAUCUUGAAAACAUGUGGACAAAAGGAAGAAAUUAUAAAAAGAAAGAGACCAAAAACCUCAAAGCAGGGAUUCAACAGCAUAAGGCAAAGGGUUCUGUGGCAAAUAACAAAGAGCCUUCUGCAAAUGCUGGGAAGGAAAUUUUAACAAAUAGCAACAUAAUUUCUGCAGGAUCAGAGGAGAAAGCUAUAGUGAAGCUAACACCUCUAUCAAGUCAUGAUGCUCUAUUAAGUGAUGAGAGUAAAAAUGAGCAAUUUAGUCAGGAUCAUGAUGAGGAGUAUUCUUUUGAGAUAUCUCCUGCUGGUGAUGAACUGGAUCACAAUAGUAAUUCCUCGGUGAAUGAAAAUGAAAGUAGACUUAAGAGAUCCAAUAGCACUUCUUCUCUGAAAGCCCAGCCCAUUGAAAAAAAGCCAUUUACAGGAGAUGGCGGUGGAUCCAUUAUUUCAGAGUUCUAUAACCCAGAUUAUGGUAGGCCUAGUGAACAUCAUGCUGUUGAGGUCUCAGAUGUAGUACUGUGUAGUGCAGGCCCUCAUGUUCCUAAUCCUAAGUUGAGGUGCCGGGUUAUGGGAGCAUACUUUGAGAAACUUGGGUCAAAAUCUUUUGCAGUUUAUUCUAUUGCUGUGACAGAUGCAGAAAACAGAACUUGGUUUGUGAAAAGAAGAUACAGGAAUUUUGAGAGGUUGCACCGGCAUCUUAAGGACAUCCCUAAUUACACAUUAAACUUGCCUCCCAAAAGGAUAUUUUCAUCAAGCACAGAGGAUGCCUUUGUUCAUCAACGUUGCAUUCAGCUUGAUAAAUAUUUGCAAGAUCUUUUAUCUAUAGCUAAUGUUGCUGAACAGCAUGAAGUGUGGGAUUUCCUGAGUGUUUCCUCCAAGAACUACUCCUUUGGAAAAUCUUCAUCUGUGAUGAGAACUCUAGCAGUCAAUGUGGAUGAUGCCGUAGAUGAUAUUGUGCGCCAAUUUAAAGGGGUUUCAGAUGGCUUAAUGCGCAAAGUUGUUGGUCCACCAACCCUCCUUGAUGAGACCAAUUCUUCAAUCUACAGCAGGAACCUAUCAUGGCACUCAGAUAAGAGCAAUAAACCUGUUUCAAGGCAAGAUACAUCAGAAACUGUGAACAGCUUUUCUGAUAAUGAAGAAAGUUCUAAUCAAGAAAGCCACAAGCAGGAGGAAGGAUCCAGUGAGCAAGCUAAUGGUUGGCAUUCAGAUAAUGAAUUAAAUCCGAAGGGUUUUCCACCUCGAGUGAUCAAGCAUGAUGAGGAGUCCUCGGGUGCAAAAGGGAAACUCAGUCCAGAGUUGAAAUCUGAUAGGGUUAAUCAGGGUAGGUUUGCUGUAGCAAAUUCUGCUGCAGCAACUUCCAGUUAUAUUGAGGAUCCAGUUGGAAUGCCACCUGAGUGGACUCCUCCCAAAGUAAGUGUACCUCUUCUAAAUCUUGUCGAUAAGGUGUUCCAGCUCAACAGAAGAGGUUGGCUAAGAAGACAGGUCUUUUGGAUAUCAAAGCAAAUACUGCAGUUGAUAAUGGAAGACGCUAUUGAUGAUUGGCUCUUGAGGCAGAUUUAUUGGCUUCGUAGAGAGGACAUUGUUGCUCAAGGGAUUCGGUGGGUGCAAGAUGCUCUUUGGCCAGGUGGUACAUUCUUCACAAGAAUUGGGGUCACACGAGGCAAUUUUGAUGAUACUCAAAUCAAUCCGAUCCCUUUCCAGGUUAGCCAAUUGGGCGGCAGUAAGGUCUCCAAACAAAGUUCCUUUGAGGAGCAGCUUGAGGCUGCUCGUAGAGCAAGUGAUAUAAAAAAGAUGCUCUUUGAUGGAGCUCCGGCAGCCUUGGUUAGCUUGAUUGGGAACAAGCAGUACAAACGCUGUGCAAGAGACAUUUUCUAUUUCACACAGUCUACUAUAUGUGUGAAGCAAGUUGCAUAUGCAAUACUCGAACUGUUACUCGUAUCAGUUUUCCCAGAGCUCCGAGAUCUUGUGUGGGAUCUUCAUGAGAAGAUGCGUCUUCCGCCUGCCUAGCAAACGCAUGGAUUCAGAAGCUGAAAUUAUCACAAAAGCCAAGAAUGGUCGGACAAUAUGAAUGGUUUCAAUGGCUUUGCGCACCAUAUGGAUUUUCAUUUGCUGGUGAAGAUGCUGACAAGUGACACAUAUGGCAUUUUUGGGCUGUGAGAUGUAGCAGUCCAGUUCAUUUUAUUCUUAACUGUACAAAGUUUGGCAUUUAGGGUUUGUAUAGAAGAAAUCGUUUGUGCAUUUAUAGCUACUUAUCGAGAAAUUCCCCCUUUGAUUGGGGAUUUUGUAAAGAUUGUUAUAUCAUUUGUUCAUUCAUUAGUAGGUGGUUUACAAUUUGAGCUUAAGUUAAUUCA